GCCCUACUAGGGUUUGCACUGGAAGCUCUAGUGACCCUCUAUGGGGCGCCUUUUCUAUGGUCUUGGACUACACUUCCCAUCAUCCCCAGACAGCCUCCAAUGGGGUCGAUUUAGAACUGCCAACAUCUCCCAGCCAGGAUAGUUGUAGUUCAGCCUCUCUGGAGGCUGACUGGCUAAGGCUGGAAAUAACUGUAAUCCAACCCCCUCCUCAUGGCAGCCCUGGGAAGCCAAGCAGGCUGGUGCCUGGUCGCUCCCGGAGUGUCAUGGGGCUUGGCUGGCCCCAGCCUGACUCCCUUAACCACUGUGUUUCGUGGUGUGACAGUUGUUGGUGCCAACUGGUGGAGUGCCGCUGAUAUGAACGGACCACAUGUAGCCAAAGCAAGGAGACGUGUCCCUGCCCUGAGGAGCUUACAAUCUAAAGAUUGUACAGCAGGGGGAAGAAGAUGGAGCCGAAGUCCAUAGAGAAAAUGUCGACCUGUCACACCUGGGUCCAGAGGAGAGAUGGAGGGUGGAGCACGCCCAGAUGCACGCCAAGCACCGCGGCCACGAGGCCAUGCACGCCGAGAUGGUCCUCAUCCUGAUCGCCACCCUGGUGGUGGCCCAGCUGCUCCUGGUGCAGUGGAAGCAGAGGCACCCGCGCUCCUACAACAUGGUGACGCUCUUCCAGAUGUGGGUGGUCCCGCUCUACUUCACAGUCAAGCUGCACUGGUGGCGGUUCCUGGUGAUCUGGGUGGUCUUCUCGGCCAUCACUGCGUUCGUCACGUUCAGGGCGACUCGUAAGCCCCUUGUGCAGACCACCCCCAGGUUGGUGUACAAGUGGUUCCUGCUCAUAUACAAGAUCAGCUACGCCGCGGGCAUCGUCGGGUACAUGGCCGUCAUGUUCACCCUCUUUGGACUGAACGUGCUAUUCAGUAGGAUCAAGCCGGAAGAUGGGAUGGACUUUGGAAUCUCACUCCUGUUCUACGGCCUCUAUUACGGAGUCCUGGAGCGCGACUUUGCGGAAGUGUGUGCCGACUACAUGGCGUCCACCAUCGGGUUCUACAGUGCGUCGGGGAUGCCCACCAAGCACCUCUCGGACAGCGUGUGUGCCGUGUGCGGCCAGCCCAUCUUCGUGGACGUCAGCGAGGAGGGCAUCCUGGAGAACACCUACCGGCUCUCCUGCAACCAUGUCUUCCACGAGUUCUGCAUCCGCGGCUGGUGCAUCGUGGGCAAGAAGCAGACCUGCCCCUACUGCAAGGAGAAGGUGGACCUGAAGCGCAUGUUCAGCAAUCCCUGGGAGCGGCCACACGUCAUGUACGGGCAGCUGCUGGACUGGCUGCGCUACCUCGUGGCCUGGCAGCCGGUCAUCGUCGGCCUGGUGCAGGGCAUCAACUACGUCCUGGGGCUGGAGUAGCCGCGCUUCCUCCCGCCUCCGCCGGCACGCGCCUGGGAGCUCGCCCACGGCCCGCGUGGCAGGGGUGGCGCGGGGGCCCGGCAGAGGCGCGGCGCCACCACUCGCCUCUCGGGGCCGCGGCCCCUGCUCGC